AAAGGACGUGACAUCAGCAACUUUGCAGACCUGGGGCUGGAGGGCUGUUGUGGCCUCUGGCUGGCGUGCAGCCAGCGAGGUGGAUCGUGUGUGGGCGUGCGCGUGGGCGUGCUUGCCUGUCUUCCUGACCACAGGUAGCCCUCCGCUUGCCAUGCCCGCGAGUCAGAGCAGAACGCGUGCAGCUUAGCUAGCCACAGAACUGCGCGUUCCCCGGAGCAGGGGGAACAUGGAAUUUGGACUUUACUGAGCAACCAGAGCGUGGACCUUGCUGGCCCAGGAAAACACCAUGGAUGAGGAGCAAGCGGGCAGCUGCAGCAGCAAGCCCCUGGGGCAAGAAGACAUUCCGGACACCAGGCUUCUUUCAAACCCAUUGAUGGGGGAUGCGGUGUCUGACUGGUCUCCCAUGCAUGAAGCCGCCAUUCACGGACGCGUGCUCUCUCUGAGGAACCUCAUCAGCCAGGGCUGGCCUGUGAACCUCAUCACCGCAGACCGCGUGUCGCCCCUCCAUGAGGCCUGCCUGGGAGGCCAUCUCCUGUGUGCAAACCUUUUAUUGAAGCAUGGAGCCCAGGUGAAUGGCAUCACCACGGACUGGCACACUCCCUUAUUUAAUGCUUGUGUCAGUGGCAGUCUGGCCUGUGUGAAUUUGCUGUUGCAACAUGGAGCCAGCCCCCAGCCCAAGAGUGAUCUGGCGUCCCCGAUCCACGAAGCUGCUAAGAGAGGUCACGUGGAGUGCAUUGAGUCCCUUGUGGCUCAUGGGGGCAACAUUGACCACAACAUCAGCCACUUGGGAACUCCUCUCUAUUUGGCUUGUGAAAACCAGCAGCUAGCCUGUGCCAAGAAACUCCUGGAGUCAGGAGCAAACGUGAACCAGGGCCGAGGUCUGGAGUCUCCUCUUCAUGCAGCGUCCAUGGCAUCCAGUGUGGAGCUAGUCAGAUUGCUCCUGGACUUCGGGGCAAACGCCCAGGCCAAGAACGCUGAGGGCAAGCGACCUGCAGAGCUGGCGCCUCCGGGGAGCCCAGUGACGCAGCUCUUCUUGCAGAGAGAAGGGCCGCCCUCUCUGGCGCAGUUGUGCCGCCUGAGGAUCCGCAAGUGCUUCCGCGCUGGGCAGCAUCACGGCAUCAGCACGCUCCUGUUGCCAGGGCAUCUGAAACGGUUUCUCCUUCACCUCUGAGGGCAUCAAAGCUGGGGAGAGUGAUAGCCACUAAAGUUGAAAA